CCUAUACCGCGAUGCGGCCCGUUCUUACUCGAUCGGGUAUGCUGUGCGUCGGCCAUGCAAGCGCGAUCCAUUAGUCCGAUCUGGCGCCAUCACCGCGGUCUCAAGCGACGCGAUCCAGAUGCAGUAUUUCGAACGAAGGAUCCGGGUAGCAUCUGCAACCGUGCGAGCAAGAUGGUUAAAUGCUUAUAAUUCCCCAAGACCAUAGCGCGAAGCUUCAUCAUCCCUCAGAUCGCGACGUCCAAACAUGCGUCUACAUAGAUCGGCCCUGGCGUUGCUUGCACCAAGCGCACUUGCGCAAAUCGUCACUGUAUCCAACGGGACCAUUCAUGGCGGAUCGUGUCCAUCUUCAGCUGCGAUUUAUUACCGUGCCAUCCCGUUCGCACAGCCUCCUCUAGGGCCUCUCCGCUUUGCCGCGCCUCAACCUUUCAACCAAAAGUUCAAUGGAUCCCUAGACGGGACCAAAAAUGCACCUACUUGUAUCCAGUUCGGUAGCGAUUUCCUUGAACCUCAGCCUUGGUCGGAGGACUGCUUAUUCCUCAAUGUUUGGGCACCCAAGAACGCGAGCUCUAUUUCGAAGCUGCCGGUGAAGGUAUGGAUAUAUGGCGGCAGCAAUACAGCCGGGGGAAUCAGUGAUCCACUUUAUGAUGGAUGCAACUCUGCUGUCGAUUCCAUCGUCGUGUCCAUCAACUAUCGACUAGGUCCUCUCGGGUUCUUAGGGCUGGAAGAUGCGGGUUUGUCGGGUAAUUACGCAGUACAGGACUUGCUUCUCGGUCUUCGAUGGGUGCAGGAGAAUAUUGAGGCUUUUGGUGGUGAUGCCUCCAAAGUGCUCCUAUUCGGACAAUCCGCAGGCGCCGGACUGGCUGUCGUCAUCAGCACUCUUCCAGAAGCUCCUUCACUCAUAAGUUCCGUAGCAGCAGAGUCAGGAGGAGGAAGAAGCUCAGCUCCCUACGCCGAAGCCCAGCCUUACUUCAGAGAGUUCGUCAUAAACCUAGGCUGCGCUCUCAAUGAUCUGCAAUGUGUGCGUUCGAAGUCACCAGAAGAACUCAACGCUGCAUUCCCUUCAGAGCCAUCAGCCACCAUCACGCUCACUUACGCAAAGGGUUUCGCGCCAAUCAUUGAUGGCAGAAUUGUGCUAGAAGACCCGGCAGCAGUAGGCAGUCGCGUCCCUGCCAUCUUUGGUUCCACGACCGCAGAUGGUUCAUCGUUCGUCUUGGGCGCCUAUCAGAACAAUUUCCCGCCAACGGAAGCUAUUUACACAAGCUUUGUCGAUUCUAACUUCGGUCCAUAUGCAUCAACAGUGAAGGCAUACUAUCCAGUAUCGCGAUUUGCGAACAUCUCCUCUGCCGCACUCGCUCCAUACUUCGCCAUGACAGCAAUCUGGACCCACUCAUCAUACACCUGCUCCGCACAGCGAGGUCUCAAGAAAGCGACAGAAAAUGGUGUUCCCGCAUAUGCCUAUUCAUGGGGCGUAGCUCCAAGCUGUCCCUGGUCUUCGCAGUUCAAUGGCGUUGGAUCCCAGGUUCUCCAGCUUUUGAGCGUGACGCACUCUUCCGAGAUUCCCUUCGUUUUCCGGAACACAGAACAUCUGCCUUUACCCAAUGGCACAUGCAGCCUCUCGAACACGGAGAAUACCAUUGGUGACGCUGUUUCAAGUGCGUGGGCAGCGAUGGCAAGCGGGCAGAGUCCGAACACCCCGCUGAUUUCGGAUACUUGGCCGACCUUUAGCAGUAAUGGAACGAAGGGACUCAUCGCGACGGCAAAAGGAGUGACUAUUGGAGAUAUCGAUUACAGUUUCUGCAAGCUAUGGGAUGCUAUUACGGCGGCUACGUUGGCUACUGGGACUUAA